AACCUACUCCCACAACAUAAUUGGUUUUUAAACAAUCCCCAUUAACUACUUCAAGACGUCUUAACUAACCCGAAAGCUUUGUAACCAAUGAUCAAUCCCCAUUGGUUAUAAAUUUGUAACCAAUGAUCUAUUUUGGCAUUACAAAGCUUUUCAGUAUUCUUGUGAUCUUGUCUUGACGAAAAAAUGGACGAUGUGACCGUGAUUUCUUCGAGCAUUGUUCAACCCGGAAACGCCAGGCAUUCGGGUCGGGAAAAGAUCCAUCUCACUCCAUCCGAUCUUAGCCUUCUCUAUCUUAAUUACCCUCAAAGAAGUCUCCUCUUCCCCAAACCCUACCCGGAAACCCGGUUCAUCUCUCGGUUAAAGUCCUCUCUCUCUACGUCUCUAGAGAUCUACUUCCCCUUAGCUGGUCGUCUUGUCAAAGUCAACAACCAUGAAGACAAUACGGUGUCGUUUUACAUCGACUGUGACGACGGCCGUGGUGUCAAAUUUGUCCAUGCUAUAGCCGAAUCUGUCUCGGUAAGCGAUAUCCUUCAACCUCAUGGCUCUGUUCCUGACUUUUUCAGGCUUUUCUUUCCCAUGAACGGUGUUAGAAGCAUCGACGGGCUCUCAGAGCCCUUACUUGCUUUACAAGUCACCGAGAUAAAAGAUGGAAUCGUCAUUAGUUUCGGUUACAACCACUUGGUGGCUGAUGGUUCUUCUAUGUGGAACUUUAUCCACGUUUGGUCAAAGCUUUGCUUGAAUGGUCAGUGGGAGAUUCAUCAGCCUCUAGUCCUCAGAGGAUGGUUCCUCGACAACAUUGAUUUCCCUAUUCAUAUUCCGGCUUCAGAGAUAGAGACAGAGAGGGCAAGAAAUCGUGAAGUUUCAACUAAGGAGAGAGUUUUUCACUUCACAAAAGAGAAACUUUCAGAUCUCAAAGCUAAAGCUAACGACGAAAUAGGCUCAAGCGACAUAAAAAUAUCAUCUCUUCAAGCAGUUUUGGCUCAUCUAUGGCGAUCAAUAGUUAGACACAGUGGUCUAAACCAAGAAGAAGAGAGUCGCUGCGGAGUAGCAGCAGAUUUUAGGCAGAGGCUAAACCCUCCGCUUGAUAAAGACUGUUUUGGUAAUGUAGCCAAUCUUGGGUUAACUACAGCCACAGUGGGGGAUUUGCUCGAUCGUGGACUGGGAUGGGCUGCUUUGCAAAUAAAUAAAACUGUGAGGUUGCACACGAAUGAAAACUUUAGAACUUUUUCUGAGAAUUGGGUUAGAAAUGGUAAGAUCCCAAGAAUUGAUGUUAGAAGUAGAAUGGGUGAUCAUGGUUUUAUGGUCAGUAACUCUCCUUGGUUCCAAGUGUACGAUAAUGAUUUCGGUUUAGGUAAACCGAUGGCUGUUCGAGCUGGACCGGCUAAUGGCAUUGGUGGCAAGCUUGUAGUUUUUCGAGGGAUCGAAGAAGGAAGUAUCGAUGUCCAUGCGAUAUUGACCUUAUCGUUAUGGUCUGAUGUGUUACUGAACUUAUUUGAUGAUGUUGAAUCUUUGGAGAAUGUAAUUACAUGAAUGUGUAGUAAACUUCUUGGAUGAUGUUAAAUAUCAUAGUUAAGAUUUUCUAUCUUAAUUAAGUGUCUAUUCUGUGCACUAAGAGCACCACCAUCGAUGACACAUGCACUUCAGAGUCUAG